CGGAAGGACGAGAGCAACAUGGGAAAGAUCAUCGAUCGAUUGAUGGAGCUCGAGAAGACGGGCUCGCCAAGCGUCAGCUUUGAGUUCUUCCCUGCGAAAACGGAAGAUGGUGUGUUCAACCUGCUGAAUCGCGUGGAGGAAAUGGGGUUCCAGCUUCAGCCAACCUUUGUCACUCUCACGUGGCGCAGCGCAUUCAAAGACGAAAAGUUGUGGCUUAAAAUUGGGUCGCACAUUCAAAAUGAAUUCAAGAUCGACGUGUUGAUGCACUUGACGUGCCAUUUGCCGCGUGACCAAUUGCGAGAAAUCCUUAAGAACGUCCGGGCCGCUGGGAUCCGAAACAUCUUGGCCCUGCGUGGCGACCCGCCCAUCGGGUCGGAACGAUGGAAGCCUGUGCCUGGCGGAUUCCACAACGCGGUGGAGUUGAUUCGGUUCAUUCGCGAAGAACAUGGCGACUGGUUUUGCAUUGCCGCCGCCGGGUACUCCGAAGUCCACUCUGAAGCGUGGAAUAACCCGAACUUGCCGCCGUCGGACCAAGCUCGCCAGUUGGAUAUGAUCCGGUUGAAGGAGAAGCAAGACGCUGGCGCUGACUUCAUCAUAACCCAGUUCUUCUUUGACGUGGACAAAUUGCUCCAAUGGAUUCGCGACUGCCGUCAACUGGGCAUAUCGAUCCCGAUUUUGCCGGGGUACUUGCCCAUUCAAACGCACAACUCGUUCCUCAAGUUUACCAACUGGUGCAAAACGAGCGUGCCGCCACAAGUCCAAGAGGCCCUCGUGUCGAUCAAGAACGAUGAUGCGGCCGUCAAAAAGUACGGGAUCCAACUGGCCGUGGACACAUGCAAAAAGCUCAUCGCCAACAAGUUGUCUCUGCAUUUCUACACCAUGAACUUGGCGAGAACUGUGCGCGCGGUGCUCGAAGGACUGCACUUGAUCGAGCGCGAGCGCGGGUUGCCUUGGGGAGCUCCCAUCAUGCGCAACAAAGACGGGUCGUUGGAGAAGAGCAUCGAACAAGUGCGCCCGAUCUUUUGGUCGAACCGUGCGUCGAGUUACAUUGCGCGCACGUCCGAAUGGGACGACUUUCCCAACGGACGGUGGGGAGACCGCACGAGCCCGGCCUAUGGUGAAUUAUCGGAAUACUAUUUGGCGUACAAACGCCCCAAGGUCGCGCGCGACCAGCUGUGGGGUCGCCCACAAACCGAAGAGGAUGUGUGGAACGUAUUUGUCAAGUUCAUUGAAGGCAGCGUGAAGCAGUUGCCAUGGUGCGAACAAGGUUUGUCGGGAGAAAGCACCAUCAUCCGCGAAAACUUGCGCUGGAUCAACUCGAUGGGGUUCUUGACCAUCAACAGUCAACCUCGCAUCAACGGUGCGCCGUCCGAGGACCCGAGCGUCGGCUGGGGCGGCAAAGACGGGUUUGUCUUCCAAAAGGCCUACGUCGAAUUCUUCGUCCCUCCGCGCCUCAUGCAGCGCUUGGUGGUAUGUUGAUGCAAUCCACUUUGCUCAUGAUGGUGCUAACGUCAUGUGCAGGUGGCCCUGGCAGACUACCCGAACCUGUCGUACCAUGCUUUUAGCGCCAACGGUAUACAACUAGUGCAGCGCAGUUGCGUGGCUUGACAGUGUGUGUUGUGGAUUAGGAACGGAAUACACCAACUCUCCUGGACCCAGUGUGACGGCUGUCACGUGGGGGGUGUUUCCUGGCAAAGAAAUCAUCCAAGUAAAACAGACAUACACGACUUGGUGUGGCUCAUUUGCACGAUAGCCGACAGUUGUUGACACGGCCAGUUUUGCCGCAUGGAAGGACGAAGCGUUCGAGCUAUGGCUGAGUCAGGUAUGAAUCGAGUUGUGUUUGUGGACGCAGGGACUGCACCCGUUCUUGUGUGCAGUGGGCGUCUGCGUAUGAACCAGAGACGGUGUCGCAUCAAUUGAUCAAGGUACCGUCGAUCGCAUUUGCGUCCUUCUCCGCCUUCCUCGAAACGAUGAUGCCGUUCGAUGGUGUAGCGCAUAUACGACAGCUACGUCCUCGUGAACGUCGUGGACAACGAUUACACGAAUGAGGACAGCGACAUCUUCAAGAUCUUCGCCCAAGUCAUCACGGAAAGCAUGACGAAGGACGACUUGCGUCAACGUGUACUCGAGCUCGAAGGCAAGAACGAAAAGCUGCACGAAACGGUGGCCAAGUUGAAAAUCAUCCAGGUGCGCAGUCCACGCCUCGUGGCGGAACUUGUGACGAUUCUUUUUCCCAUGUAGGCCGAGGCCAACCGUGAAUUGAAAGACUUGCAUGGAGACCUGUCGUCGUCGCGCGAAGAGAAUAGCCGUCUCAAGGCCCAACUGCGCGACCUUCGCUCGCGGUUGGCGAUGGCCGAACUGUAAACAGGCGCAACGUUAUCUAGUGGUCUCGCCUUGUCGUUGACCGUGCUCCAUGCUGACCGCGCUCUCUGGACAAAUAAUUGCUAACAUGACCACGAUUUCUUGCGUCGCUUCCGUCCGUCCGACAAGUGCUUGCAUGGAGAUUUCCACUUCACCCGCCCUGGUUCAACUGCAUUAUGUCGUCACGCAGGUCCAUGCCAACCGCAGCUCGUUUGGCGCCUGCAUUAGCACGAUACAAUACUGGUGCCGCCGCGAA